AUGGCUUUCAGCGCAAGACUGAUCUCCAUCCUAGUCCUCCUCCCAGCCAUCGUGCCUUCUCAACAGCAGACGCCCCAUCCCUCUGAGCGCCUCAGACCUCCCGACGUGGAUGUGUCGUGGGACGAUCACUACCAUAGCUUGCAGGAGCAUGUCGACACCCACGGUCGUCUUAGGCUGGCAUCGCUCAAGUACAAGGACAGCUCUCUGUACGUCUGGCUGAUGGAGCAGCGGAAGAGGUGGAGGACAGGAGAUCUGCAGCACGGACAAUCGAUGAGGCUGUGGAGGUUGGGGGCACUGGAGCCGAUGAGGGCGGUGUGGGAGACGAACUUCUCGCUUGUCAUGCUCUGCAAACAGCACAUGGGGUGUGUGUCGUCGGGAAGCAAGAGAGGAGAGAGUCUCGCUGUCAGCAAUGAGCUGAGGAAGAACAAUGUGCACCGAUGGGUCGAGAAGCAGCAGGCGUACGCUGCGAAGGGCAGCCUCACUCCCAAGAGGAAGGAGAUGCUGGAAAGCCUCGGCAUUGUCUUCGAGAGGUUCAAGUCUGAGUGGGAGCAGAAGUACAACUCCCUCUGCUUGUUCAAACAGACCUUUGGGCACCUAGACUUGCUGAGGAGGGAGGAGAGCACUACUUGGAAGAAGCAGGAGAGGCAGUCGCUCUGCCGUUGGUUAUACAAUCAGAAGUUUCAGCUGAAGAGAGACACCAGCAAGGCGCAUGCUGAGAGGUUGCUUGCCAUGGGCGUGGUGCUGAGAAAUCGCGGCCGAGUCUGGAACAAGCGCUUCAACCAUCUUGCGUCCUUCAAGAAAGCGAAUGGUCACGUAAAGGUCCCCGUCAUCUGCAAGGAGAACCCAACGCUGGGCCAGUGGGUCAUCAACCAGAAGCAGCGAAUUCGACAGGGCCGAAUGCCAGAGGAGAGGAUGAAGCAGUUAGAGACCCUGGGAUUCGCCCGCAAGGCGUCAACCGCAGGGGGCAGAAGCAAGAAGGAAGCAGCAUCGGUUCAGUGUUGA